GCUGAUCACCUCACUGUGCCAGCCAAAACCUGGGCCAGGCAGGAACCCAGGCAGGCUCUGAGGGAUGCCUGCUUGUGUGGGAGACCCGGGCUCCUGGGUGACACAGAAGGACCAGGCUCACAGAGGACCCAACACAGCUCUCGCUCCCGCCCAGCAGGCCAUGGCCGUUUUUCCGGUUGCCAUUGCAUUCUUGGUGGGACUCGCCAUAGGAGCUGUAAUUGUAGCACUGGCAAAGGGUGAGACCAUCGACUUUUCUAGGAAUUUCAAGUAUUUUGGCUUCAGUUUCAGCAUUGGAGACUCUGCCAAGAUUUCCAAGAGGAAGCCAAUGCCAGAUGAGGGACCUAAGAAGGAGACAAUUUCAGAUGAGGAAUCUAGGAAGGAGACAGCUCCUGGUGAUAACCCCAAGAAGGAGACAACUUCAGAUGAGGAUUCCGGGGAGACAAAUACUGGUGAUGAGGCCAAGAAGGAGACAACUUCAGAUGAGGAUUCCGGGGAGACAAAUACUGGUGAUGAGGCCAAGAAGGAGACAACUUCAGAUGAGGAUUCCGGGGAGACAAAUACUGGUGAUGAGCCCAAGAAGGAGGAUAGUCCAGGUAAAGUGCAGGGGAACAAAGGGAAAGCUGUUGGAGCUGCCAUCGGAGCCACAGUGGGAGCAGGAGUGGCGCUGGUUGGCCUCCCGCUGUGCAUUGGCGCGCUGGGGUUCACAGGAGCCGGCAUUGCCGCUGGCUCCAUCGCUGCCAAGAUGAUGUCGGCAGCUGCCAUUGCCAAUGGUGGCGGAGUGGCCGCCGGCAGCACCGUUGCUGUGCUGCAGUCCAUCGGAGCUGCAGGUUUUUCUCUUGGUGCCAAAGUUGGUCUGACAUCUGCCCUGAGCUCAGUUGGUGCAGCAAGCGGUGCCUGGCUGUCCAAGUGGAAGAACCCUCCAAGUUACAAACCUAAAAAAGGAUAAAAAUCCAAGUGAUAAACCCAAGAAAAAGUAACUUGGAUGACAAACCUGAGGAGGAGACAACUCCAGACAAGAAACCCAAGAGAAGCCAAGCAGGUGCCUGACCCCAAGGCCUUGCAAUGCACAAUGGCAGGUGCUGGGAAACCCCCACAGACCCCUCAGGACUUUGCCUCCCCUUUUAAAAGCUUUGGAUUCUGUUGAGCAAUGAGUCCCCUGAAGCCAAUAAAGUCAC